AUGACCAAGGGGAAGCAAAUCAACAGGGAGGUGAUGGGAAGAAAGGUGAAAUUGAGCAAGAAAAGAAAAUUCGCGAAGAAAAUGGAAGCUCUUAAGGGGAAGCUGUACAGUGCUCUGGGGGAGCGCCUGAGUGAUGAUGAGAGGGGGAAGAGGCCCCCCAUGUGGGAGAAGAAGCUCACCGGUUGGGGCAAUCGCGGCGGGCGUGAGCCCCCGGCACAACCACGGAGCGAAAUGGGCCAGAAGAGGCAGAAGCGUGUCCACAACGAAGAGGACGAAGAAGAGGUAUGCAGAAGUGAUCCGUAUAGAAACGACCUCCGCAGAGGUAAAACCCACCCUCGUGUGACAAAGCCCGAUGGCUACAACGCGUUGGGUAGGCAGGAACACAAAGUGAAGCACAUGGAUGGGGUGGGCAUCGGGAAGAGAAAAAGAGGAACCCCCCACCACACGCAACUGACAUGGGUACAUGGAGAGCAUGAAAAGAGCAUAAUCGAUUUCAUGCAAAAGAAUGGAAGUCACCAUUUCAAUAAUUACCUAGAUGAUUUGAAGAAGAUAUAUUUCUGUACAGGGCGCACAUCCGACACGUACAGAAUGAUGAUCAGGGACAUGGACACCAAUAUGAGGUCUGUCCAGGGGGUGAAGCAGCGCUCCACAAGUGCUCCCCCAUCGCCGUCGUCACCGCCGUGUGAACUUCCAGUGAGGAAGGACCAAGUGAUGAAAGGCGAAGUGAUGAAAGGCGAAGUGAAGAAGGAGCAUGCGAGCGGUUUCGUGGACAAGCAAUACCUAGUAAGCUCCACCAUUGAACUCCUUUACAACCUGGGCAAGGAGGUUAUGCACUUGACCCACCUGAUGAAGCCCAGAAGGCACGAAGUAGCGAUGAGAGAAAAACUCGUAAAACAGGUAGAAGUUUUCAUAAGGGGAACAUACCCACAAGUAUACAUUCUAAUUUUUGGCUCAUGCAACACAGACCUAGAUCUGUACAAUUCAGAUAUGGACAUUUGCAUCUACAACAGUAUAGAUGACGACAGAACCAAUGUACGAAAAUUAUAUAAUGAAAUGAAAAGGAACAAGCUUUUUAAAAAUGCCAGCAUUAAACAAAUCAUAGGAGCAAAAGUACCUAUAGUUAAAUGCUUCUUUACACAUUUACAGAUUUCAAUCGACUUCUCCUUCAACCAAGUGAGUGCCAUUGUUAGUACUGUACAGACUCAAAGAGUUUUAAAAAAAAACCCGCUUAUAAAAUAUAUUAUUAUUUUUUUUAAAAUUCUGUUAUCUGUAAAUGAUUUGAAUGAUGCAUUUCAGGGAGGCAUUAGUUCCUUCAAACUUUUCCUCAUCAUGGUCAAGUUCAUGCAGGAGCACUCCUUUGUCUUCUACGGAAAAAAUACUUACCUCUAUGUCGGAGAAGUGGUUCAUAAAUUCGUUUCAUAUUUGUCCUUGUUUAAGGACAAGUCUCAACAGAGCAUGGCUUCCUUCUUCUCCGCUAUAUACAAAUACAACCCUCCCACUCAAACAGCCAACCAAGCUACACAGUGUGGUAGUCACGCCGCUACCCCCCGGACGCCGACCAUCGAAUUUGUGAAGAGAAAAAAUAUGAAAGUUAUUAAGAAGCUCUUUAGUCAUAUAUUUUGUAAAUUAGGUUUGACUAACACAAGCUUUAACGAGAACAAGGGAGAUCUCUCAUUUGAAAAAUUAUUUCAAGUCAGGCAAUGUAUGAAGGAGGCUCUGUACUCCUUAUCAGAUGUGCUCAUAUAUCUUGUGAGGAAAAAAAACAAGAAUAUAUGUCCAGAGUUUGACGACGUUAUCUUCGCGGAUGCGCUCUCCAUAGUGGCCUUCUUCCACUUCCUGCGAGAGGAACGACUCAACCGAUUUCUACGCGACUACUAUGCGUUGUUACACCAGAGGAUGCUGUGCCUUAGGGGUAAGACGCCACCCGACAAGGUACCCCUACAUGAUGAUGCCCUCAUUGAAGUUUGUGAAGAGCCAAAUGGGGAGGUCACACAGAACCAGCAUCUCCCUCCCGAAGGCACACUCGCCCAGGUGAACACACCGAACGACCAUUUGGAAGACCCGCACGAUGGAAAAGACAAUCACAGCACUGAUGCGAAUUGCCCGCUUCAGCAUGUCACCCACAAUAUAGAUAGUGCAGCAGGCGACCAACUCAAUCACGCAAACGGGCUAUCCCCCCUCAUGAGUAGCUACUUCAAACAUGACAGCAUCGACGAGGUCCAAGCGAACGUCAACCGCCUGUACCUCGCCAUGGGUCACAAAACAAAUAAUCACAAUCGGCUCGUAAAGAAAGUUUGCUCCAAGCUGGUAAUUAUGAAUUCCUUGUUGGACUUAAAUAAGGUUUUAUCCAAUAGGUUUCAUUACCAUCAAAUAUUUUUGCCUUCCCCAGAGGAGAGGAAGUGUAAGGGUUCAACCCCCGCUUGGCCAGAGGAGGGUGACCCGCAGGACCAAGCAGAGCUGGCUGCGCUAAAAAGGCACAUGCUGGCUAGCUUGGUCAGAUUUAAAAAAUACGACCCCAGUGAAGUUAUGGGGCUGGAAAUCAAAAGCGAGUUUUUUGUGAACACCGCAGACACGGUGUUCUGA